AUGGCUUCCGUUCUUUCCCCGGACGGAAAAAGCAAAGUUCCAGCAACUACUGCCCCUUUCGGUACGGCGCCACCGACAAACGCAGACGAUGCGACUUCUUUCGGGUUUGCGGCACGGCUGAGGCAAAUCUUCGGUCAGAAGAAGACCACGUGCUUACUCGCAAAGACGCUGCUGGAAAGCUUGGCGAUUGCGCUCGUUUGCAUAGGCCCCAUUGUCCUGUUUCUCUUCACGGACCACGUGGAGGACUUCUUGGGAUCGGUUCCCGGCAUUCUACGCCAGCGCCACCUUUGGGAUGCGGAUAGCAACUCUGGUUCAACAGAAGACGCUGGGUUCGCUUCUUGGUGGACACUGCCGACCUGCGUAGUGGUUUUCGUCGUGUACAGUGCGUAUUUAAGAUCUGGCAGGGCCGACUUUGUCGCGAAAGUCAACGAAGGCGUUAAGCUCGAUUGAUUUGUAACAUCUUCCUCGUCGCGAAUCAAGAAAAGGAAGCGCGAGCGGUUCCUAGGCUGCAAAACGGGACGGCAGUGCUUGUUCGGACGGAAAACGAAACAAACACUGUCGUUCAAUUCUAGACUUGCUUCCGUAUAAUUUUCUGCAAACC